UACUUGGAAUUUCAUUUAGAAUAUCAAGCGUCUAGUGACUUUCGAACAUAAAAUGUCUGCCAAAUUAAAAAAAACAAACUGUCCGUCUAAUAAAGUCGAUAGAAAAUAGUUAAAAAAACAUGAGUGACAAGGACGUUUGGUUUGUGUUGCCUGCUGAGAAGUCCCCAGAUUGUGGGGAAAACAGCUCAACCAGAAGUUUCCAGUAUCUGAAAGGUUCACCAGACGACUCGCCAGAAGGUCUCCGCCUCUCCGCAUCAAAGAAGUCGGCUGGAAAGACCUUGGCAACCUCUGGACACUUUAAUGCAAGAAGGGCUCGCAGUGAUAGAUUUUUGGGAAGCCAGCUGAGUGAAUAUUCAUUGAAGUCAUCUGCCAAAUCAAAAGCACCAGACCUAAGUCAACAUUCAUUGCAGUCAUCUGGCAAUCCAAAAGCACCUGACCUAAGUCAACAUUCAUUGAAGUCAUCUGGCAAUCCAAAAGCACCAGACCUAAGUCAACACUCAUUGACAUUGUCACACAAGGACAAGCUUAAGGUUUCGGAGCUUAGUCAGUAUUCUUUCAAGCUGUCUUUAGGAAAACCAAACAGGUAUGAACUUAGCCAACACUCACUAAGGGAAUCUGCUGUGCAUGAACAACCACCAGACCUCAGCCAGUAUUCCUUGAAGGUGUCCAAUUGUAGAUCCACUGAUCGGCUACAGACGUCUGAUCUGUCACAGCAUUCUAUGGCCAGCAUGGAGGCUAGUGAUACAAGAUCCACAAAUGACACUCAGGAGAUCUCAACAUCUUACCAUGAAUCAGCCACUUCAGAUGGCCAGUAUGAUGACAACAACUCCACGUCAUCCCUUCAUGACAGUCACAAUGAGGAGGCAGUGAGCACAGCCAUCAUGGAGGUGUCCGGGGAGCUACUGUUGGGCAAGUUCUCCUCCUACAAGUCUCAUUCUGGCGGUAGCGAGAGUUCCGACAUCUCUGAAGAUGACGCCCACAGAGCCUGGUCUGGUGGGGCUAUAGCAAAAUACCCAGAAUCCUCCACAGGACUGUCAGACAACGACUGGAAUCCGUAUGCCACCGAGUCUGACACAAACCAAACGCCUAGGUCUCCAAGGUCGAAUAAUAGCGAUGAGAACAGAGUCGGGUACGUUUCCAAGGCUUCCAUUAAUAUUGGUGCAUCUGGUAUCAAGCCUUCUACAGCUACUGUGUCAAUGACAACUGGGGAAGUAGACAUGAAAAAAACAGAGCCAAAAAAUGAGAGAAGUGACAGGAACGGAAAAAAUGGAGAAAAUCUUGAUAUCCUCAGGUAUGUUGUUGAUGAUACAAAAAAGUCAAAGGAUUUGGCUAAAAUGUUUUCCAAGGAGGAAAGAGUAUCCCCUGAAGCAAGGAGUGACUCUACUGAGAAAACCCUGUCUGCCAGACAAUCAACUGAGACUGAUAGUUUCAAAUCAGAAGGGUCUGGAAUUUUGUCUAGUCGACCAUCAUAUGAACUCGACCAUGGAGAAAGGAGGGAAUCUGCAGACUCUGGUGGAAGAUCUGGAAGACAGAGUGUUGACUCAGGACAGAGUGGGAGAAGUUCAAGGUCAGAUCGAGAUGUAGAGGGCAGGCAGUCUGCAGACUCACAACACAGCCUGCAGUCUGGCCAGUCUAAUGGUAGUGAACAUUCACAGAGGAGUCAGAAGCGUACUGGAAGAUCAGAUGGGAGCGAUCGUUCGGACAGACUGGACAAGCUUGGUGAUACUGCUGGGAAAAAUGUAAAAGAGUUAAUUGAGUUUGAAUCUGCACAAAGGCCAAAAGCUAGUGGUGAGGGCAAUCAGCAAGAGCAUGAUGAAUUACCUGGCAGCACAUUCAAGUCACUAAAAGAGAGUUCCAAUGACUCAAUAUCUCGAACAAGGCUGACUGCUAGACUCGAGCCCUACUCUGGCCCUGUGAGGUCUUCCAAAUCCCCUGAAAGAAGCAGCAGAGGUGAGGAGAAAUACAUAAGUAUUUCAGAACGUGAAAAGCUUCUCACAGACAGCCCCGAAUAUUCUCAGCUGCUUCCCAAGCAUUUCAGUAAAGAUGGGAAAGAAAAGAGUGUCAUUGAUGUUCAAGAAGAAAAGGAAAAACCAAAGUUUUCAUCUGUUAAUAUGCCUACUUCUAUUGAAACCAGAUCACCAAGUUCUGUAUCAAUGAGAAGAGUGUCAAAUUUGUUUGAAGAAACCAAGCGCCAGGCACGAGAAGCAGUUUCUUUACCUCGCCCUGAUCCAUCAGGCAGUGAAGAGCGAUUUCCUCUUAGAGAACGACUCACAGUCUCCAAACAUGACGACUCUUUUAUGCAUGCAGAGACUGUGGGUGCCUACGAUGUAAACUUACAGAGAACUAGGCAAUCUAGGGAAUCAGAUAUUGGUCGAUCCCUGAACAGUGAGGAGGUUGCUAGAGUAUUAGGAAAAUAUGCUGAAGAUGAUGCAACUGAACCACAACGAAAACCUGCAAAAGCUCCUUUGAAAUCAACAGAAGAUGAUGAUGCUGUCCUUGUUUCUGCUUUUGAUAGGCCAGGCAUUCCUGAUGUUGGUGCGCAUGGAGAUGAUUAUAGACAAGAGAACAAGUGGCAGGACAAAAGCGAUGAUUCUGAUGAUGAAGUUUCCAGGAGGGUUAGGGCAAUCUUGUCUCAGACGGAUCAUCUUGGUGUGGGGAAAGCGCCAACCUAUGGUACACGAUCUGAAUAUGUUCCCAGAACAAUUGAUUACUCAAGACUGCAUAGAGACCUUGAAGAAAUCCAAGACAGCCUACACAAUGUCCCACAGGCUAGAGCAGAGGACAGUUUAAAUCUACACUUGAGGAGUGGUAGAGAAGGAGGGGCUGAUGGUGGUGACAUGGCCAGUAGUAGAGAGAGCUAUGGAAGGUCCUUAGAGGAGACUGGCACAACCUAUGGUGGUAGAGACAGUGGGGUGAGCGAGUAUGGUCGAAGACUGGUGUGGGAUCAUGGUGCUGACCUGCAGUAUGAGGAAGGGUAUGGUGGCCAGUUUAUUGGCACAGUGACCAGUACUGAGACAUUAUCUACAAGGCUACGAAGCACUGGUGACAGUGAUACUCCAGUGACAGUAAGGCCUGAUUCCGCUGCAACUGACGACUUUGAGAGCGAUUUUGAAGCGACCAGGACUCUUACAGGCUCUUCGGAUAUGACCAGAGCUGAGAGGCUAGUUCAGCAGGUUAUGAGCAGGAGAGCUGAAGGUGAUCUGAAAGAGUCUGUUGAAGACAUAAUCGCAAGAUACAGAAAUGAAAGGAGAGUUCUUUUUGAUAGGCUUCAAGAGCCAGAAAAGAAAGAAGCCAGUACAAGGCCACUGGUAGAACCGAGUAUGUAUGCUAAGGGGAAAGCAUCUCAGCAGUUAACUGAUCCAGAUAUAGCAUUGCCUGCUGUCAGUGCUGCUGGAGAUGCAACUCCCAAGGAAAGGAAACAGCCUGGACUAGCUGAGAGAGUGUACAAGAUUCUUACUCAUGAAAAUGAAGACUCAGAUACAUCACAGGAAAAGGGUAUGGCUAAGAAAGUCUAUAAAAUAUUGGCCUCUGACAGGCCGCAAGAACAAGUCAAUGGCAUCUUGUCGGAGACUCUUGCAGAGGAGCAUAAAAUGCUGAAAAAGAUUGUGUCAAGACCAAAGGAAGAUUCAAGUAUGGAUGACAGUGGGUUGAACCAAACAGGGGAGAGUUUUACCCCAAAUGAUAAUGAUAUUUGCCGGCAACUGGAAUACUCCCAGUUCAGCUCUCCAGGCAAAGGCAAGAAAUCACUUGCCUCUUUGAAGGAAGUGACUUCUGCCCCCUAUUCUGCCCUGAGUAAUGCAAAGUCUUUAUUGUCAACCCAGCUGAAGAAAAUGACUGAACGAAAUUUUGAUAAAAGCAUUGAGCUACGAACACCUUAUCGGCAAGUUAUAGACUGUUAUCCAGUGUAUGGUAUGGAGAGAGAGAUGGAAUUGAAGAGCGACCCAAGGGAAGCAACUGGCUCGAGAAGGAAUGAGGAGUUGGAGGAGGUGAGGGAAGCCUGGAUGCCAUCAAGAAGAUCUGCUGGGGCACGCAGUGGUGCUGCAGGCAUGGACCCGGCCUUAAAUAGUGAGAGGUUCUUCCUGACAGAGAGAGACCGCAAGCCCAUGGUAGACCCCCUGGAGCCAGAGAGGCGUGGUAGGACCUACAGCGACCCCUUUGACAUCAUCCCUGGAAGGCGCUCAGCUAGCCUGGAGAAGGAGGGUCACGUCCGCUCCAAGUCUGAGGAGUCGCCCAGUGAUGUGAGCCAGUUCAGUUAUGUGGAGCCCGAGUUCAGUCCCACUGACAGACGGGCGGCAAGUUCCCGGCACACAGGCCUAGAGUUUGGAACUCCCCAACAACAUCGGCCUCAAGUGUCUGUGUUGCCGGGUAUAUUGCGAAGGUCUACUCAGUCAAGAGGGACUCUAGGAGCUGGUUCCCCCUCCCCUACAGAGUCAGACACCAGUGGCUCCAGGAAGGGAACCAGACUGAGACCAUACAGACCUGCGGGCAGUAGGGACAUGUAUUACACAGAGAGCGGGGAUGAGACCAAUGAAAGUGCCACCACCAUCGAGAGCACGCAUCCAGCGUCUACGCCUACCUCUGGGGGUAGUGAUGAUCAAGCACUCAUAAGGUCUGACGAUGCUGCCCCACCCUAUAUUCCAUCUCAGUAUCUCGGGUCACGACUGGACGCACCGAUCCGGCACCCGACUGGUAUCUAUGGCAACAAAGAUAAGGACACCCUCUCUACAAUUGAUGAACAAUCUGUCAAGGAUGAGAAAGAUAAGGCUCUGACCUCCAGUACUGGCAGUGGGAAAUCUGGAAAACCAGCGGCAGAAGACCUGGUCGGCAGACGUUCUGAAGGGGACCUGGGCAGCAGCAAGAACAGUGAGGACAGACGCAGUGGAGUUACCACAGACACAGGCUACCAUAGCACCACAACAAGGUCAAGGUCACCUUUCAGUCUCAGGGAGGUCACAAGGUCAGAGAAAGGUGACAGUGGCUCGAAAGAAGCCACUGCUAGUAGGCCAAGUGGUAUUGAGCGACCUGGAUUCAAGACGCGAGAAGAAUUUCAGCGUGAUUUUGAACGCAGGGAACAAGAGCUGAAGGCUGUCCUUGCCCGGUCUUCGCAACGCCAGGAACCAGUCCUCCCGGCAAACAGGGAUUCUUUGGGACAGAGCACACGAUCUGAUCCAGGAGGCAGUUUGGAGGAAGUGGGGCCCAGGUGGGAGUACCGGGAGUCGGAUCCCAGGGAGUUCCAAAACCUCGAGCCCGAGCCCGCCUACCCACAGGACCGUCUCCGGUACAGCCGGUCCCGCUCAGACUCCGACCUGGUGGCCCUGACACCCACUGACAGCCAGAAAUACUCCUCCCCCAUGCAGCCAGGCACGCGGUUCCUGGAGCUGUCCACGCAGCCCUCACCCAUCUUCAGUCACCAGGACUCCCUGACCCUGGGGGCACCUAGGGGACCCCCAGGUGAGCUUCCCAGGGUCCCACCCAGUCGUGAGUUACCACGACAACAGAUACCUGCUGAGCUGCCCAGAGUGCCAGAUAGACCAGAGCAAAGAUCAAGGUCACCUCCUUCUGAGUACCCAGUCCGACCUCUUGAGCCGGGUGAGGGGUCAAGGUCACAAGGUCAGGUGGGGUCAGCAGACGUUAUGGGACCCGUUGACCUUGGGGCUGACCCCAGGAAGAUGGGCAGUACACGGAGAAAUGUUGGCGACCUUCAGAAAUCCGGAAGGUCAAAGUCACCGCUUCCAGUCAGGCAACAGGAGAUGGAGGUGGAGUUGGAGAGGCUAAACAAACAGCUUACAGACCAAGUGAAUGCUCUUCAAGGCAAGAAAGAUGAGGAUAAACAGUUUGAGGACAAUUUCCCUCCCAGCAAGAAAGCACAGGUCCUCAGAGAGGUCCUAGAACAGGAGUACAUGGAGAGUCUUCCACCAAACAUCAACGACAUGUGGACACGAUUCAAGGAGAGGAACGAGCAGUCAGUGUCAGAGAGCAGCUUGAACAGCACCCGACUGGACGCCCUGUCUGGUCUGAUCACCAACCCCACACACCGUGCCGUCACCUCAUUCAUUAAGGAGAAGUCUGAAGGUGAAGAGAAGAAACGGCAAGAAGACCGGGAGAAAGCUGAGCAGGCUAAAGUGGAACAGAGCAAGGAGCGUGCCAUGGAGAGGAAGGAAGCCUUGGAGCGCGCUGCGCGGGAACGAGACCAGCGACGCCAGGAACUGCGCGCUAAGAACGGGCUUAGCGAGGAGGAGAGCAACGGCAGCUACACGGAGAUAUUGAUGGAGGAGGAACGGAGGCGGGAACGGAAGAAACGGGAGGCAAGGAGGGAGGAGAAGAGGGAGAAGAGGAACAGGUCGCCCGGGAAACGGUCACCCACAGAUGAGAAAGAGGAUGGGAAGGUGAAAGGGGGCAGUAGUGGAAGAGGCAAGGAUCAGGAGACGUUGACGGAUAUCAGGGCGAGGAAACAUGCGCCUAAAAACAGUGACAGCAUGGAUACGCUGUUCUCCAUACCUGAGGAUGCCAGUUUUGAGCAGUCACCCAGCAAGGCAGAGUCGGAAAUGAAGGCCCGGCAGAAGAGGCAUCGCCACGUGAUUGACCCGCUUAUGAUGAAGUUACGGGACAAGAUCAAAGUGCAAAGAGUGAAAAUUGAUAAGGAGCGGAGAAAGGAACUGCAGAGGGUUGAGAAACUGAAGAAGCUGGAGAUGUUGCUGACUGCAAAGAGGAAAGGGAGACUGUCUGAUAAGGCUAUUGAUGUUGAACUGGAGAAUGUUUCUACAACCUCCUGUGUCACACAGUCCGAGAGCUCUCAUCUCUCAGAUUCCACCCUUACAGUAUUAUCAUCGGGAAUGUCUGCACAUGAGUCUGAUGCCUCUUCUCAGGCUUCUACCACACUAAAGGAUAGUACAAUAGAUGGUAAAAUUAAACUGCAGGUGAAGAAAUAUGAUGAUGGUUUAUAUAAAAGUCCAACCAAAAAGGCUUUUGAGUCUGAUUCAACUGAAUCAUCAGAUUUCAAUAACAUUAUUGUGGAAAGAAUCCCUGACAAACGAUCCAGUAAAAAAUCAAAAGAUAAGAAAUCAAAAGAAAAGAAGUACAAAUAUGAUGAAUAUGGCAACAAUAACAGAAAGGAAAAGAAAGACAAGAAAAGUCAAGGAGUAUUUGGUGUUGAAUUAAGUGAGAAUGACAUCUUGAAUCAAAUCCUGAAGUACAAGAGCUACAUGACCCCCCAACGUGACAGACUCACCCGUGAUGCCAGCACGAUGUAUCCAUCCCCAAUAACAGUGAGCCCACCGUCACAGAGGAGACUGCGGGAGGUCCUGAUGAAAUCUGAAGCCAUCCAGACCAGUCCCUCGGUGCGCUCAACCAGCCCGACACACGCUUACGACGAGGUCCCAGUAGCACCUGUCCCCUACAUGUCUCAAAGAAAAUCAAAAACCUCCAAGAGACGACCGUCUCCAUCCCCAACACGAUCUACGCAGACUUCAACGAGAAAAACUUCCACUUCCCCCGUUACCAACCGGGCAAGGGUCUCGUCUAGAUCACCGGUUUCCAGCUCAUUGAGAAAGAAUUCUAGAUCACCGGUUUCCAGCUCAUUGAGGAAGAGUUCUAGGUCCCCCCCUGGCUCCCGGCCUCCCAUUACAAGGAAGCAGGCCCAGACCCCGAUAUGGAAACCAGAGUGUGAGAUGACAUCCCCGCCUGUCAACAGCAUGUUUACACCUGAGGAUGAGGAGAACAUAGAUCCACGCAAGCUGCAGAAACAUGAGGCCACCUCAUGGUUCAUUCCCAUGAAGCCUGGGCAACCAUGGCGAAAACCCCUGAAAGAGCGGCAAGCAUUUGCAGUGCGCCAGGAAGCUUGGGCACCCAAAUCAGUCCCCCAGUCGACCUGGAAGAAUAUCGUGCACGGGGACAUUGUGAAAGAGCGAGACGAGCUCAAUGACACCAACAUCUCCAGGGAUACCAAGUUUGACCUUGACCCUGAAGGUCAGCCUGUGGUCAAUGAAGGGUCAGAGUCAGAAGACGAGUUGGAGAUCAUUCAGCCACGACCACUGUCCAAACUGACAUUGCAGGAGGCGUUCAAUGUGCGGAAGCAGGCCACGAUAUCUCGACUGCGAGAGCGACAGAAGCGGCUGGCCCUGUCCAGUGAGCAGAGGAAGAUGGAGGUGUAUCUACAGCUGGAGAGGGACAGGCUGUUCCAGGAGGAGAGGAGGAGGGACGUGAACCCAGAGGCUCACCCAUACAGUGAGCAUCUACACAAACCAGCCAGAAGAACAAUAUCAAAAGAAGAGAUGAAAGAAAUGACGCAAAAGAAAUACAAGAAGCUGCCAGAGAUUCUGGAGCAGCAGAAGAUGAAGAAGAGACAAGAAGAGUACUCACUCAACAGACUCAAGGCUCGUCUCUUCAACCGGAAAAUUCAGAAGAAGGUGCUGGUGAAGGCAGACAAGUGGGGCCGAUAACAAUGAGGGGUUGUUCCAGGGGCCAUGUACACCAUUGGUCCAAACUUCUUAGGGGAAUCUAGACUUGAGUUGUUUAUGUGAAAUCCAGUGUUUUGAUUUUGUCAUACAAAAUUGUAAAUACUACACGUAAGCAAGAAUUAUUAGUUUUGAACAUUUAAAUGUAAAAAGGCGUGUGAAACAGUGAGACAGCUUUGUGAUUGAAAGACAAUUACUGAAUGUGUUGUGUAAUGCCUGCACAUCAGUCGAUGUUGAUUAACUUAUACCAUAAGACAAGAGUUGUACUUCAGUUAACAUAGAUCAAGCAUUUUUUAUGUACAAAUUUAAUGUGGCUUUAAUGUGGUAUUUAAAGCAAAAUUAAUUUGAUUAUUUUGUGACAACAGUUUGUUUCGAACAAUUACAGACAUUUAUUUACUUCUUUGUGAGCUAGGCAUAGCAUGACAAUAAUUAGUAAUUACCAUUAUAAAGUGAAUGAGACAUUUAGUGGAGAGAUGAUAGGCGAGACUGUUAUUUAAGGGUAUAUUUAUAAGGCCUGAUUUUUAUAAUUUUCUCUUUGGUUGUGUAUUGUACACCUUUGUCAAAGUGCCUUAACAAAUAUGAUUUUUCUAAGAUGUGUAUUAUGUGCUAUGCAGAGAAUAAGAUUUGGGUUUGAUACUUGUUUUAAGUGUUCCUUUAUAAUGUGUUUGUUUGAGUGUAGUUAUUGUUUUUCAUCUAAAUGCCACAGGUGCUUUGAUUUGCUGUUAAAUAUAUGAAAUCUGGAUAAGUUGUUUGAAACAUUACCGACCAGCUUAGCCAACAGAUGUAAACUAUGCAAAGGAUAUGGUGAAACAUUAAACUUAAUGUUAUUUGUAAACAAUUGUGUAUGCCAAAGUACUUCUCAAUGGUUUUGAUCAACAUGUCCUUUGUUUUAUUAAUUUUAUUUAAGCCUAGCUUCGAGAAAAAAGGCCUUGGCAAACAGCGUAGACCCAGUUGAGACGCCGCAUCAUGCGGCGUCUCAUCUGGGUCUGUGCUGUUUUCUUAAAGGAAUUUCUGUAAGAAAUAUUCUAAAUAUAGAAAUAAAUAUACUUGACAUCCCUAAUUUUGGAAAAAUUGAUUAAAUUCAGAAGGAUGGGAUAGUCCACUAAGCAUAAAUGGGUUAAUGGGCUGUUAGCUUAUCUGGGCUUUUAAGUUUGUAGUGCUAGUACAAACAUUAAAGUAAUUCAGCAAGUUGCUAUUGUUGUGUCAAGAUUAUUUGAUGUAAGUUUACUAGGACAAUUUUGUGAACUGCCAUAUUAGAGCAAGUAAUUUGUUUGAAAUAUAUUUUAUAUGCCCCACACAUAAAGGGAUGCAUUAAGCAUUACCCUUGUCUUUGUGGAAGGAUAUUGAACUGAAACCAGUUUGGGUCAGUUGUCUUUUUGUCUGCUGUAGAAUACAUUGUUGAAUUUUCUGUGUCCAAACAUGUCUUGGCAUGUUCAAACAUCUGUUUAGUUUUAGUUGUAUUAGUGUCUUGAAUGUAAAAUAAAAAUAAGAUUUGGGACACGCAUUUAUGUUUACAAUUACAACUUUACUUUCACUUAAAUGCAUCUAUGUCUAACCUUAUAAAUUUACUUUAUAAUACAUCUGAAUGCUAGUGUACAAUCAAAAUAAUCUAUAAAACACACAUUUGUAAAUAUUUUUGCUUAACCCUUUCAGUGCGGGAACCGAAUUUUGAAGGCCUUUGCAAACAGUUUGGAUCCAGAUGAGACGCCACAGAACGUGGCGUCUCAUCUGAAUCCAAACUGUUUGCUAUUCUGAUAGUAUUCUUUGAAAAAAAAUCGAAGAAAAAGCUAAUUUUAGAAAUUCAGCAGAAGACAUUUUAGCAGACGACAAAUUUCCCAGCAUGCAAAGGGUUAACUGGUAUUGAUGAUUUGAGUGUUUCGUGUUUCUAUACUUUCUUGACUACCGGAAAUUACCGAAUUUUUCUCUGUACAACGACUGUGAUAUUGAUGUGUAUUUAGUUUACAUGUACAGUAAUAUAGACUUUACCUAGUUGCAUUUUUGGAAUCACAACUUUAUCAAUGGAAUGUUUGUAUACAUAUACAGACUAUUAAAUAAGUAUAUGCAAGUAGUGCUUAGUUUUGUCCCUUGGGUAAUGCAAGAUUGACAGAAGAUCGUACUUCUGACAUACUACUUCUAACUAACCUUUUUUGCGUUUAAACCAUAAUUCUCUCAGUAUAUAAAUAUACACGAACAUCUUAUAAGCAUGUAUUGUUUGUAAACAUGGUUCUAUGGUUAUUUAAGACAUUUAGCUUGUUCCAAAUGUACCAAUUAUAAAGUACCAGUACAUGUCAUAAAUGUAAGAUAUAGUGUGUUGUUUAUAGGUUGUGUAGAGUUUUGUAUCAUAGUUGCAAGUAAUUUAUUUUUGAAUAACAAUUAUUGAUGUUGGUUUCGUCUAGUAACAUUAUGUCAUAGAAAUAAAGUCUUAAAUGAUA